CCGGGCGGUCGCCGGAAGUGUGCGGUUGCCAUGUAAUAUCCUGGCCGCGCGGGCGCGAGAGAGGCUAAGGCUGCGCCCGGACGGGCGCGGAGCUGGCUAGAGGGCUGUGGAGGCGGCGCCGACCGGGCCAGUUGAGGCGCUCGGGGGCUCAGCAGCGCUUGGGAGCCUGUCGCUUACGCUGUACCUCCGGUUCCCUGGGUCCGGACGGGAGGUCCCACAGCGAAAGGCAGAAUGUCGGUGGCGGGGCUGAAGAAGCAGUUCUACAAGGCGAGCCAGUUGGUCAGCGAGAAGGUCGGAGGGGCCGAAGGGACCAAGCUUGACGAUGACUUCAAAGAGAUGGAGAAGAAGGUGGACGUUACCAGCAAGGCUGUGGUGGAAGUGCUGGCCAGAACCAUCGAAUACCUGCAGCCCAACCCAGCCUCAAGGGCCAAGCUGACGAUGCUCAACACGGUGUCCAAGAUCCGCGGGCAGGUGAAGAACCCUGGCUAUCCGCAGUCGGAGGGCCUGCUGGGCGAGUGCAUGAUCCGCCACGGGAAGGAGCUGGGUGGCGAGUCCAACUUUGGCGAUGCCCUGCUGGAUGCAGGGGAGUCCAUGAAGUGCCUGGCUGAGGUGAAGGACGCCCUGGAUAUAGAGGUCAAGCAGAACUUCAUCGAUCCCCUCCAGAACCUGUGCGACAAAGACCUCAAGGAGAUCCAGCACCACCUGAAGAAGCUGGAGGGGCGCCGCCUGGACUUUGACUACAAGAAGAAGAGGCAGGGCAAGAUCCCCGACGAGGAGCUGCGCCAGGCCCUGGAGAAGUUUGAAGAGUCCAAGGAGGUGGCUGAGACCAGCAUGCACAACCUCCUGGAGACUGACAUUGAGCAGGUGAGCCAGCUCUCUGCCCUGGUGGACGCCCAGCUGGAGUACCACCGGCAGGCCGUGCAGAUUCUGGACGAGCUGGCCAGCAAGCUCAAGCGAAGGAUGCGGGAAGCCUCUGCGCGCCCCAAGCGCGAGUACAAGCCCAAGCCCCGGGAGACCUUCGACCUCGGAGAGCCUGAGCAGUCCAACGGGGGCUUCCCCUGUGCGCCAGCCCCCAAGAUUACAGCAGCUUCGUCAUCUUUCCGAUCCUCCGACAAGCCCACCCGGACCCCCAGCAGGAGCAUGCCACCCCUGGACCAGCCAAGCUGCAAAGCACUGUACGACUUUGAGCCCGAGAAUGACGGGGAGCUGGGCUUCCACGAGGGUGACAUCAUCACGCUGACCAACCAGAUUGACGAGAACUGGUACGAGGGCAUGCUCCAUGGCCAGUCGGGCUUCUUUCCCCUCAGCUAUGUGGAAGUGCUGGUGCCCCUGCCUCAGUGACAGCGGCGGCCCGCCCGCCCCUCUGUCCAGAUCACCUGUGUCCCACGUGGCCCAGCGUCCCAGGGCAGUGCUCCUCCCAGGGCACCAGGGACUUGGGGCAGCAGGUCCAGUGGGGGGCCGGGGCCUGUUUACACUAGUGCUCACCCACAGUGGUGGUGGGGCCUCCCCUUUCCACUGCCCUGCGGGGCUAACACUAAGGUGCUCUUAGAAACACUAACUUCCUCCCACUCCCCCCAGGACUGGCAACUCUAGGUGGGCCCCUCCACUCAGAACACAUACACACACCCUCUGUCCUGUCCACGCUGGGGCUUGGCCCACCCUGACCUGCCCUUACUGGGAGCAAAUUGAAAGUCUGUGAGACAGGGUGAUCCAAGCAGGACCCCUGGCUGAUGCUCGCCACCUGCUUUUAAAUUCCCCUAAGAUACUCCUUCUCAGGCUCCUGCACACCCCCAGAUGCCACCUCCACAGGAGGGCCUCACCCUUAAGGAUAGGCAGGCCCUCUCCUCAGCUGUAGGGUGCAGAGCCCCACAUACUGUGCCCACCACCUCAUCCUCAGUCCCCUCAGUGCCCAUCUGUAGGGUGCCCUACCCCCAGCCAAGCACACGGAACGUUUCUCUCCGGCACAAGCUGCUACCACCAGCUACGCACACACACUCUUAACUCACCACACACGGGACCACGGGAGCCCCCAGCUUCCUCUCUGCUGAAGGUCAAGCACAAAAGCUUCGAUGAGUGAAUGUUCCCAGACCCCUGGCUGCUGGGGCCAUCCUGGGGGGGGUGUCACAGGCCCUCCCACACCCCAGGCUGGCCACCCGCUCCCCCUGCUGUUGACAGUGUCCCCAGCUGUCUCCUUUAGGCCAAGGUAGGCCACUGCCCAGACCAGCAGGCCCCAGCCAUGCAUCCACUUCCCCUCUCGCCUGAUCUGAAAUUGGCUUAAUGGGGGGAACCUCUGGCCUGGUUCACAUUCCCUUCCUUCAGUGACCCUGCACAGCCCCCAGGACAUAAGACUCUGCUCCUUCCCAAGGCCUCUCACUGCCGUGAGUGGGAGAGACCCAGGCAUCCGGACCAAGACAAGCAGUAUGGCCUUGGUCACAAUCUAGGGCGGACGGAAAUGUAAUCUUGAUUUUUAAAAGAAAAAGUAUUAAACGUCUCUUUCUACA